GCCCCACACUGAGUCUCCUCACUGACAUUAAUGAAGGGAUCUCAUACGACCCUGACACCAACAUAGCCACCUACGGCUGUGUCCCUGGGUACGCACCAACCAUCACCAAUGGAACAGCACAGAGGAUGUGUCAGAGUGAUGGUACUAGUGCUGGUAACUGGACUGGAACACCACCUACAGUUACUUGUGCACCUUUGAAUUGUGGGACACCUCCCUCUGUUCCCAAUGCAUCUUCUGGAACACCCACCAAAAUAACUUAUCAAGGGACAGUGACCUACACCUGUGUCAGUGGAUACUGGAUCUCUCCAGGAGUUACCACAGUAACGGCUACCUGUAUGGCUAAUAGGAACUGGGGACCUCUACCAACUUGUCAACUUGGGGAUUGUGGCUCACCUCUCUCCAUUUCCAAUGGAUCUCCUGAACCACCAACCAUCACAACUCUUGAAGGGAUGGUGACCUACACCUGUGUCAGUGGGUAUGAAGUUUCCAAUGGAGUCACCACAGCAAUGGCUACCUGUAUGGUUAGUGGAAUGUGGGAGCCUGUACCAACUUGUUCAGGUGUCUCAUGUGGUGACCCUCCUCCUGGCACCAAUGCAUCUCCUGGAACACCAUCCAGAACAACCUACCAAGGGACAGUGACUUACACCUGUGUUACUGGAUAUUGGAUCUCUCCAGGAGUAACCACAGCAACGGCUACCUGUAUGGCUAAUAGGAUGUGGGAGACUGUACCAAGUUGUUCACCUGUUGACUGUGGUUCCCUGGACGCCCCUUCCAAUGGAACAGUGAACACAUCCUCUGGAACCACCUUCAUGAUGACUGCUACCUACACCUGUGACACUGGAUACACUCUCAGUGAAACUGUGACUAGAAGAUGUCUGUCUAAUGCAAUGUGGAGCCUCACUGCAUCCACCUGUACCGUUGUCAACUGUGGAGCACUUAUCAACCCUUCCAAUGGAGCAGUAAACACAUCCUCUGGAACCACUUACCUCCAAAUAGCUGCCUACACCUGUAACACUGGAUACACUCUCAUUGGAGCAAACACUCGGACUUGUGGGAGUGGUGGACAGUGGACUCCAGAUGCUCCAACCUGUUUACAAUUAGUAGCAGAAGGGACCCCCAGUGGUAUUCCAAUGGCUGGUCAGAGUUUCUCCCUCACUUGUUCCCUGACUGGAGGGGCCUCUCUACAACCCACCCUCUCCUACCAGUGGACGAGGGAGGGAGGGUCACUCAUGACCAGCACAGCAACCCUCAACUUUGACACUCUCUACUUGUCAGACGCUGGUCAGUACAGCUGUCAGGUCAUCCUCACCUCCAGUCAGCUUGAGGGGGAACACACUGUAGCUGCUCACUACACCAUUGAGUUCAUGACACUCAACAUUCAACUUCAAUUGGAUGGAAUAACAAACUGUGAGGUGUACAUUGAGUCAGUGUCAGGAAGAACUGGCUUAGCUGGUGACAUCACUAACAGACUAUCUCAAGGUGUUGGGUUCAGCCCCUCCCUUCUCACUGACAAGUUUAUCGAUUGUUUUGACGGUUCCUCUAGUCAUGUGACCUACAGAGCUGUACUGACUGGAACAGAAACUGUAUCUGCUGUGGAACUCAUUUCUUUAAUUGAACAAUGGAUCAGCGACACUCGAAGCAUCAUAGUACAAAGUACCCGACUUGGUUUAACAAACACUUGCCCUGUGGUGAUCACUGACAGAGACAGUCCAGAGUGCCCUGAGGACAUCACUAAUCGGACACAGGUGGCUACUCCAACUUCUUCCAUAGCUACUACCUCACUCACAGAGAGUGUAGUGGUCAAUGUUGGUGCAGUGGCUGGUGGGGUGGUUGCUGGAGUCUUGGCCAUUGCUGUGCUGGUACUAAUCGUAAUAGUGCUGGUUAUGUUGAGGCAACGGAGGUCUGGAUCCAAGGACAUGAGUGAUGAGAGGACAGGCAGCCAACCAACAAACCUACCCCCAGUGGUGAUGAGUCGUCUCCCCUCCCAAGAUUUCAUGGAGUUGAGCGAACUACAAAAGGAGGCUACCUAUGAGGUAGUGGGCCAGCCACGCCCCCCUCCUCCUGCAGACUACUAUUUCACCACCAGUGCAGCUUAUGAAUCCACUGACUUCAACACAGACAGCAAAUAGAGACUAAUACAACACGUACUGUUAUAUAUGAAUCAUACAUGUAGUUGUUAUCCGCAUGACCUGUAACUAUAGCUACAGUGUGUAAUUGAUAUUA